GGAUUGGCGUACAGUCGGGGGGAAGCGAUUUCGGAGAUCUUGCGAGCUUAUGAUGUGUCAGCAAAGGCUGUCCCAAACAUCUGCUGUUUUAACCAGGGAAGUGCAUUUGCUUUUAGCACUGGACUGCUUCUUGUGUUUCCAACAUUGUGCACAUAUAUAUGCCGGGACGAGUAUCCUCAAUGAGUGGCUUGAAUUGCAUUUGGCACACGCACGGCCCACUCGUGCCAUCAUAUCAUCACUCUUCCGGCCAAGGGUAGCAUUUCACUGCAUUGCAUAGGUCGCCACCCGGUGACGCAAUUUCUGUGAUGUUGUUGACGAGCGGUAUUGUCCCCACAUGCCAUAAUCCAUGUGUGGCCUUUCAGGCCAGAACCGCCGGUACUAGCAAUUGGGAAC